CGCUUUCGUAAUGGACGGUACUUUUUACGUAAUACGUCGCCUCAAUCAAUAAACAAGUAUAGCUCACAGUGUUUACUUGUGUUCGCGUAUUUACUGUAUCAUGGAUAAGACCGCGUACACUUCCAUUGCGGGGGACAUAGAUUAUGUCCAGUUGACCUCACAGUGAACCCAGAUAAAUCUUCAUUUACAUCAAAUAAUAACUUAUUUUGUGGUGGAACGCGGCCAGUGAAGGAAGUCUUCACUUGCGACAAAGAUCUAAUGAAACCUGAGAACGAGUUGAAGGAGCCAACAGAAGAACCACGCAAGAGAAGCUUCAACAACCCUGGUGCCAGAAUGCCGAACAUCAAAGUAUUUACCGGGAGCUCACACCCCGAGAUCGCGAAGAGGAUUGUUGCGAGACUCGGCAUCAACUUGGGAAGAGCUACUACUAAGAAGUUUAGUAAUAAGGAAACCAAUGUUGAAAUCGGUGAAUCAGUUAGAGGUGAGGAUGUGUAUAUUGUACAAAGUGGCUGUGGAGAAAUCAACGACAACCUUAUGGAGCUCUUCAUCAUGAUCAACGCGUGCAAAAUUGCUUCUGCGUCUCGUGUCACAGCUGUAAUUCCCUGUUUCCCGUACUCCAGGCAGGAUAAAAAAGAAAAGAGCAGAGCACCGAUCACAGCAAAAUUGCUCGCCAACCUAGUGUCAGUCGCUGGUGCCGAUCACGUCAUCACAAUUGACCUCCACUCCUCACAAAUCCAAGGAUUCUUCAACAUUCCUGUAGACAACUUGUAUGCUGAACCUGCUAUUACAAAAUGGAUUAAGGAAAACAUUCCUGACUGGAAGACUAGUGUUAUGGUGUCUCCAGAUGCUGGCGGUGUGAAAAGGAUGACAGCUAUCGCUGACAGGCUAGAUAUUGACUUCGCUAUUAUCCAUAAAGAGAGGGAGAGAGCAAAUGAAGGAGAUUCGACUGUCCUCGUGGGAUCCGUUCAGAAUCGUACAGCGAUAAUGGUGGAUGAUUUGGCAGACACAUGUGAUACAAUUGUCAAGGGAGCCCAAGCAUUGCGUGAGGCCGGAGCCACUAAAGUGUACGCGAUACUGACCCACGGAGUAUUCGCUGGAAAUGCUAUCGAAAAGAUUAAUAACUCGUGUCUCGAGGGCAUCGUAGUUACAAAUACGAUCCCCCAAGAUACUAAUAUGAAGAUGUGCCCUAAGAUACAAACAAUUGACAUAUCUGUGAUGCUGGCCGAGGCUAUAAGACGCACACAUUACGCAGAAUCUGUCUCUUAUCUGUUUACCAACGUACCUUAUUAGAAUUCCUUAGUAUGUA